CAGCUCCACCUACAACUACAGCAGGAGAUCCAGCAGAAACUCCUACAAAAACUCCAGCAGCUCCAGAAACUCCAGAAGGAGAUUCAGAAGAAGGUCCAAAAGCCCCAGCUAAAUCUCCAGAAGCUCCAGAAAGAGUUGUGGAUAAUCAGAACUUCAGAUCUUCUUCAGCUGCUGUGGGUCAUGGCUCUGAUUUCUGCUUUCACUCCGGUGUUCGUGGCGGUUCUGUGCGGGAUUAUCGCUUUCUUCUUCUUCAGAACCAGCUGGAGAUCAGAGUCCUCCUCCGGGCAGAACCCGCCCAGAACCUCCGGAGAGUCCAGCAGACCCUGGGUGGACGAGGACCUGCAGGACGAUACUGAGAUCAGCGGCAAAGACAACGAGGAUGAUGAUUGGACGGUUUCAGAGACGGAGAACCUCCCCCACGUCCCGUACUCUCCCCCCCGUUACUCUGAGGAGGAGAUGAUGGAGAGAUCUCAGCAGUUCUUCACUCUGCUGAACCAGAGACGCUCCGUCCGCUUCAUCAGCCCUGAACCCGUCCCCAGAGACAUCAUCCACAACGUGAUACGAGCUGCAGGGACAGCUCCGAGUGGAGCUCACACUGAGCCGUGGACGUUUGUGGUGGUUGGAGAUUCAGAGACUAAACACAGAAUCCGGGAGAUCGUAGAGGAGGAGGAGGAGAUCAACUACAAACAGAGGAUGGGGGACAAAUGGGUCAACGACCUGCGCAGACUUCGGACUAACUGGGUGAAGGAGUAUCUGGAUACAGCUCCGUAUCUGAUCCUCGUCUUUAAGCAGACGUAUGGAGUUCUCCCCGACGGAAAGAAAAAGACCCACUACUACAACGAGAUCAGCGUCUCCAUCUCCUGCGGACUCCUGCUGGCCGCGCUGCAGAAUGUUGGGCUGGUUACCGUGACGACCACGCCUCUAAACUGCGGCCCCCAGCUCAGGCUCCUCCUCCGUCGCCCGGCCAACGAGAAGCUGCUGAUGCUACUGCCUGUGGGAUACCCGUCACCUGACGCUACGGUCCCUGACCUCACACGCAAACAGCUCGAUGACCUCAUGGUGUUUGUGUGAUGUCAUCAAGCUCCUGACCUGAAUGACCAAUCAAACAAGGACUUUUUUCAGCCACCGGCGCCACCUGCAGGCGCAGUUACACAGAGACUGUGUGGGCUUUAAUUAGCCAUUCAUGCAUUCUUGAUAAUAAAUAAGUGUAAUUCUCAUUGAUUAUGUACAUUUGAGUACAUAAUCAAGAGAAGAUACCUUUAUCAUAAUAUUGCUAGUAGUUUAGUCUACCUGAAGCUAAAUCUUUAAUGGCUGAUUGUUUUCUGUUGCUGUUUAUUUCUUCUAUAGCAACAUGCUACAAUAUAUACAAACUAUAUAUUAAUCUAGUUUGCUAUUAAUAUUGUACAGUAGCUGAAAUACCAUCGUUGGUAAAGAUUUGUAUUAUAUACAAUGUUAUAAUAAAUUUCAUUCAACAGUUGCUGAUA